GCUCCCCUCGCUCAGUCUGGCUGGCCCCAUGUUACUGAGCGGAGCUCCUCCGGCGGGCUCCGGCCCGGGGCAGCGGGCGCAGGGGAGCGCGGGGAGCGGCCCGGGGGGGUCGCGCCGGGGCGCCGGGGGAGCGGGAGCCGGCCCUGGAGGGGGCGGCAGUGGCGGAGUGGCCAAGUGGCUCCGGGAGCACCUGGGCUUCCGCGGGGGGGGCGGCGGCGGAGGUGGGGGCAAGCCGGCGCCCCCGGAGCCGGACUACCGUCCCCCCGCACCCUCCCCGGCCGCGCCCCCUGCGCCACCCCCGGACAUCCUGGCCGCCUACCGGCUGCAGAGGGAGCGCGACUUCGAAGACCCCUACUCUGGGGGGCCGUCCAGCUCCGCUGCUGCUCCAGCCACCCCCGCCGUUCCCGGCCCCACGCCGCCCCCGCGCCACGGCUCGCCUCCCCACCGCCUUAUUCGGGUUGAGACCCCUGGCCCCCCAGCGCCCCCUCCCGAGGAGCGGAUCUCUGGACCCCCCGCCAGUAGCGACCGGUUGGCAAUCCUUGAAGACUACGCGGACCCGUUUGAUGUUCAGGAGACUGGUGAAGGCCCAGCAGGAGCUUCAGGAGCCCCAGAGAAGGUCCCUGAAAAUGACGGCUACAUGGAGCCCUAUGAGGCCCAAAAGAUGAUGGCCGAGAUCCGGAGUUCCAAGGAGACAGCAGCUCAGCCCCUGCCUCUGUAUGACACGCCCUAUGAGCCAGAGGAGGAGGGGGCCACCCCAGAGGGUGAGGGGGCCCCCUGGCCCCGGGAGUCCCGGCUGCCAGAGGAUGACGAGAGGCCCCCCGAGGAGUAUGACCAGCCCUGGGAGUGGAAGAAGGAGCGGAUUUCCAAAGCCUUUGCAGUUGACAUUAAGGUCAUCAAAGACCUACCUUGGCCUCCGCCGGUGGGACAGCUGGACAGCAGCCCCUCCCUGCCUGACGGGGACAGGGACAUCUCCGGUCCAGCCUCACCCCUCCCCGAGCCCAGCCUGGAGGACGGCAGCGCCCAGUUUGAAGGAUCUGAGAAGAGCUGCCUGUCACCCGGCCGGGAGGAGAAGGGGCGGCUACCUCCCCGACUCUCUGCAGGGAACCCCAAGUCAGCCAAGUCCCUAAGCAUGGAGCCCAGCAGCCCCCUUGGGGAGUGGACAGACCCAGCACUGCCUCUGGAAAACCAGGUCUGGUACCAUGGGGCCAUCAGUCGAACAGAUGCCGAGAACCUGCUCCGACUGUGCAAAGAGGCCAGCUACCUGGUGCGCAACAGUGAGACCAGCAAGAAUGAUUUCUCUCUGUCCCUCAAGAGCAGUCAGGGCUUCAUGCACAUGAAGCUGUCCCGGACUAAGGAACACAAGUACGUGCUGGGCCAGAACAGCCCACCCUUCAGCAGCGUCCCUGAAAUCGUGCACCACUACGCCAGCCGCAAGCUGCCCAUUAAGGGGGCCGAGCACAUGUCCCUGCUCUACCCCGUGGCCAUUCGGACUCUGUAGAUGGGUGGCCCGGGCACUGUGACAAAUCUGGACCCAGCCCUGUGCCCAUCCCCUGGCUGAGGGCUGUGGCCCUUCCCAGGGACAUGUUCUGGCAAACCUUUCUUCCCCUCUCCCUGAGAUCGAGUGGAAGCUGGAGAUUCCUUAAUUUAUUCUAAACGGAAAGGCCUACUGGGGCCUCGGAGUAAAAGGUGGUCUGGAGCCGAGGACAGAGGAAUCCCUGGGGAGAAAGGAUAGCCCCUGGAGGAAGGGGGCUUCAGAGCCGCUGGUCUCCAGAGGAGUUUCAGAUCCGCAGCUCCCCGCCUUUUCCGCCCCUAGGGCACAGGUGGCGACCCCCUUCCCCACCGACUCCUUCCCCCUGGGUCAAUGCGGGGUGGGGCAGGACGCAGGCCUGCGGGGCGCCCUGGCCGCCUCCACCCCUAAACCGCCGGCGGGCUCCGUCCAGAGUCCGGUGCGGGGCUUAGGGAAGGCAGACCCCCCUAGGAUGGAGCUGGCCGUGGCGGUGGGGAGACGAGGGGAAGGGCUCGGGCCAGAGGGAACUUGCGCAGUCCCCGGGCCGCCCCGGCUCCCGGCCAGAUGCAAUAAAUAAACCCAGUCCUGCCAGGCACAGCCGCGUCCGCGCCUCCAGCGCCGCCCCCCGGGCUGUCGGGGGAGGGAGAGGCGAAGCGAGCGCAGAUUCUGUUUAUAAAUCAGCUCUGGAAGCGACACAAGCAGGCUGUGAAAAGCACUUUCGAAGCAUCAAGUUCCUUCCCUUGACGAGAUGUCAAAACAUCCCCUGCCGCCCCCGCCCGGCUGGGGGCACCCGGAGCCGACCGGCCGCGCGGCGCCCCCUCCCCGCCGCGCCGAGGAGCGCGGCUCCCCGAGAGCGCGUCCAAUUUCCUGCCAACAGCCGUUCAUCUGGGAGGAGGGGAGCCGCGGAGAGACAAAGAGGCAGCGCGCCAGGCGAGGGGGAGCGGGCGGCCCUGCCACGCGGAAGCCGCGCACCCGCGGAGGCGGGAAAGCUGGCGCGGCGACUGCGUCUUCUUUCCAGAGGAAGCGGGGCCUGCCGCGCCUCCCCCAUUCUCCCUCCGCGAGUCCGGCCCCUGGAGACUUGCAGCCCGCAGGUCUGGGCUCGGAGCUCCCUUGGGGCUGGGCCUUCGGGCUCGCGGCCGAGCGUGGCGGGGCGGUCCGCGCGUGCCCCCUGCUGGCCGUGCCUCUAACCGCGGGUCGCGGGCGCCGGGCCACACCCGACCCCGGCCCUGGGGACGCCCCAGCCCGCGCCCGCAGCUGGACCGGCCGAGGCCUGUGGGGCCAGCCCCCGGGGAAUACCCACCGGGCCGCCUGUCGGAGCUGCUGUCGACCCACUCCAGGCCCGCCCUCCUGCUCCCACGGGGCUCCCCGAGGGGCCGAACAAACAUCCGCUGGCCUGGGAGCGCAGUCUGAGGGCCUC